GGGAGUCCUGGGUUCGCCCUCAGAACCGGGACCGGGGACCCCGAACGGGAACCGGCACCGGGACCCUAAGAACCGGCACCGGAGCCACCUGACCGGGCUCGGAGCCCCCGGACCGGGACCCCAAGAACCGGCACCGGGACCCCCGAACGGGAACCGGACCGGGACUGCAAGAACCGGCACCGGAGCCCCCGAACGGGAACCGGAUCGAGACCCCCUGAUCGGGACCGGAGCCCCCGAACGGGACCAGGGCCGGCGAUCCACAGAUCGGAGCUCCGGACCGGGACCGGGACCGGAGUCCCCCGAACAGGACUGGGACCCCCUGACCGGAUCCCCCGGUGACCGGCACCGGCAGCCCCUGACCGGCACCGGGAGCCCCGGGACCCCCUGACCGGGGCCGCCCCGAUGCCGGACGAGCCGGGGGCGACCCCGCGGUCCCCCCUGGCCCAGAACCCUCCGGGGACCCCCCAAAAAGGGGCGCAGCCCCCCCCGGGCAGCGACUCCGAGCAGGAUUCGGGAUUUUCAGAUUCCGGCUCGGAGCACCUGGGCAGGUGCGAGGGGACGGACACGGAGGAGCCGCUCGGCCUCAGCCACUCCCACCCGGGCCCGCAGCCCCCGGGAUCCGCUCGGGACCCGCGUCCCCUCCUGCUCCUGCUCCGCGCCCCUCCCGCCGCCGCCGCCUGCCCGGAGGGGUCCCGGCCGUGCCCCCCGGUGCCGCCGGUGCCGCCGUCGCCGUGUCCCCGCGGCUCCCUGGGCGGGGCGCUGCUGGCGGCGCUGGCGCUGCGCACCGGGGCCCUGCUCCGCCACAACCGCCGCACGCAGGGCGACAUCGCGACGCUGCGGCGACACACGCGGCUGCUGGCCCGGGCCACCCGCGACCCCCGGCUGUGGCCCCGCCUGUGUCGCCUGCUGGGACCCUCCGGGGGUCCCCGGGAGCCCCGCGGGUUUGGGGAGGGGGCGGGAGGGGGCGGGCAAUAA